UUUUUCUCUCUUUGCAGAAAUUAGUCAAAGAUACAAGCCAUUUUACUACCAAAAUCUAGGAAAAAAUAUUGAAGAUGAUCUGAUGAAUUUAAAAAAAACAUGGCCUGAGUCAAAUGAACUGCUGAAUAGGAUGCAGUCCCUUCAAAUAGAUGCUGUAGCAGAAGAUACUAAUAAUGGUCAAGUAGAUCAGCCUAAUUCUCUGCACAGCUCUCAAGGUCCCAUGACCACUGAGGUUAACGAAGCCUUGUUUGCUGCCUCCCCUGAGAACCAACCUGUUGAGAGCUGUGAGACCUCAUUUACGUCUGCUGAUCAUCUAGAAAGAAAACUUCAGCAUGAAUACAACUACCAUGUAUUUGGGAGUCGGAUGGAUAAAGCAGUUCCACCUGUAGCAUACACGCCUGAAAUGAGAGAGGAAGAAAGGAGACGAAGAGUUUCCUAUGAUCCAUUCGCAAAGCCAUCUCCUACUCCUCAGCGGAGUGAACUGUAUCCCAGAGCUGAAAAGACAGGAUCAAACACUAAUCCAUAUUUUUGGCCACAGCCAGCUGCAACAACACCAAAACGGGGAAAUGUAGAUAUUUUUUACAGGCCAAACCCUAACAGUCUUCUAACAGGAAACACAGAGGAUCUCUAUGGAUUGUGUUCAGCCAGUACUUUUAGCCCAAGUAAACCUCCUGUGCCUGAAUCUGGCCCAAACCCGCAGUCACAGACCAAUGUAAACUGGUAUCCAAAGAAUGCAGACACAGAUACAGGUAACAAGGAUUCCACUUCUUUCACAAGGGGAACUUUUACAUAUUAUCCUGCUGCACCCAGAAUAGGCACAGAAGAUCCAAUCAAGUACAGCAUAAGUAACAGUUCUGGAAUUCAAAUUGGAUCCUACAAUCACAUGAAGAUCGAAGAGCAGAAUCAAUACAUCAGCACUUCUCCUGUUGCUGCAGAAGCAACUUAUAUGCAUUACGAAGCAAUGGGUAUAUUUGACAAUACUACUGUCCUGACCGACAAACACCUAAAUCUAGUGAGAGAAAAGUUGGCUAAACAGUGGAAGCACUGUGCUCGUAAACUGGGCUUCUGUGAUCCUGAGAUUGAUGAAAUUGAUCAUGACUAUGAACGAGAUGGACUAAAAGAAAAAGUUUACCAAAUGCUGCUUAAGUGGGUAAUGAGGGAAGGCUCCAAAGGUGCUACAGUUGGAAAGCUUGCCAAAGCCCUCUUCGGCUGCCAGAGACUGGAUCUCCUUACUAGUUUGAUGCAAAUCAAGGAGGAAUAA